ACCCACCCAGACGGCCAGACCCACGCACCCAACAACCCGCUCUACUCCAAACUUUCCUUUAUUGGUACUUGUUCGAGAUCUUCUUACACUCCGAUCCCACGCUUCUUUAUCUUCAUCUUCUUCGCGCUAGCUGUUGAUUUGUAAAAUCAGUUGCGAAAAUGGCGAGGAAGAAGAUCAGAGAGUACGACUCUAAGCGCCUCAUGAAGGAGCACCUCAAACGCCUCGCCAACAUCGACCUCCGAAUUCACUCCGCCCAGGUGACGCAAGCAACAGACUUCGCCGAGUUAACAAACCAAGAACCAUGGCUUUCAUCCACCAGAUUGGUUGUGAAGCCCGACAUGUUGUUUGGGAAGCGUGGAAAGAGCGGCUUGGUGGCACUGAACUUGGAUUUAGCUGAAGUUGCUGAGUUUGUGAAAGCUCGCCUUGGGGUUGAGGUUGAGAUGGGCGGUUGCAAGGCACCAAUCACCACAUUCAUUGUUGAACCGUUUGUUCCCCAUGACCAGGAAUAUUACCUCUCAAUAGUCUCUGACAGGCUUGGAUCCACCAUUAGCUUUUCAGAAUGUGGGGGUAUUGAAAUUGAAGAGAACUGGGAUAAAGUUAAGACUAUAUUCCUUCCAACUGAAAAGCCUAUGACAUUGGAGGUUUGCGCUCCAUUGAUAGCUACACUGCCCUUGGAGGUUCGGGGGAAAAUUUCUGACUUCAUAAUGGCUGUGUUUGCUGUAUUUCAAGAUCUUGACUUCAGUUUCAUAGAGAUGAAUCCAUUCACGCUGGUGAACGGGGAGCCAUAUCCCUUGGAUAUGAGGGGCGAAUUGGAUGACACUGCUGCAUUUAAGAACUUUAAAAAGUGGGGUGACAUUGACUUUCCGCUGCCUUUUGGAAGAGUCCUGAACCCAACAGAAAGUUUCAUUCACUCGUUGGAUGAAAAGACAAGUGCAUCUUUGAAAUUCACGGUGUUGAACCCAAAAGGACGCAUCUGGACAAUGGUAGCUGGAGGUGGUGCAAGUGUUAUAUAUGCUGACACUGUUGGCGAUUUGGGUUAUGCGCAGGAGCUUGGUAACUAUGCAGAGUAUAGCGGAGCUCCAAAUGAGGAGGAGGUGUUGCAAUAUGCAAGGGUUGUUAUUGAUUGUGCUACUUCAGAUCCUGAUGGUCGUAAGAGAGCCCUUAUUAUUGGAGGAGGUAUUGCUAACUUCACUGAUGUUGCUGCUACUUUCAAUGGGAUAAUUCGAGCCCUUAAAGAGAAGGAGUCUAAACUAAAAGCAGCAAGAAUGCACAUCUAUGUUCGAAGAGGUGGUCCUAACUAUCAGACUGGUUUGGCAAAGAUGCGCACUUUGGGAGAGGAACUUGGUGUACCCAUAGAGGUAUAUGGGCCCGAGGCCACAAUGACCGGAAUCUGCAAACAGGCAAUUGAUUGCAUCGUCUCUGCAGCAUAGUUUUCACAAUUCUUUUUGCUCCUCUGUCAACAUGUGUCAGAAAAUAAUUUGGUGCAAGUUGGGCCGUGAAAUAAUUUAGCAUUGGGCUUCCUUGAAGGCAUAAUAAGAUCGAGCAGAUUGGAUUGUUGUGAACUCUUUAAAACUUUUUCUUUCAUUUUAAAUUUUGUAACUUUUCUCUCCAGCAAGCAUGACCUGGUUGUAAACGCCACUCAUUCUCUAGUGUGAUCCUUAAUGAUCUGAGUGUCGAUCAUUUUUUUUUUGACCCCUAUUGAAAACAUUUUGUUCAAGGAGAGAGAUCUAAGCAAAUUUUUCUUUUUUGA